CACUUGAAAAUGCACACAAACCUGUUGCCUGCGCUUAUAACAUGUGAUCAAAGGUAGGGACGAACUUACAUAUGUGGAAAUCAUGAAGGGAAAAAAAUAAUCAGUUGAUAUCAAGACUAUUUUGUCGAGUGGAAGUGAAUAGUGUCAGUGGAAUAGUAUUUUUUUUUUUUUUUGGUUUGUGCUUCGAUUUGUGACUGGCAUUUAUGGAAUCAAUGUGAUUGGAAUAUUGAUGAUUACAAAUAAAAGGAAAAAGUGAACUGACGGACAUGACAUUCAAGAUAGUGAGGAUCGCCUUACGAAAAGAAAAAGAAAGUUGUCACCACUAAAAUCUAAUCAACUUUGGAACACGCUAAACUCAGGAUGUCUCCGCCAGCGCCCCCGAGGAAGAUUUCCCACUCCUGCUCUGCCGGGACGCUGCCGACGUUCACGCAACUGCACGUGGGCGGAGAUGGACUUCUGUUGGUGCCCCCGCCCGCGCGCCCGCCCUCCGCCCACCAGGGUCACGUUCAUAUCAUGCACGGGUCCGGAUUUCUAAGAGUUUGGGUGGAGUUACGUGGUGGAAGCCUACACGUGUACCCUAACGAGGCAGCUUCACUCCCGUCCCUCGUGGUAGCACACCUGGUCCAGUGUGACGUCACGGUGACACACGGACAGACAGAACUACCAUAUCGCGUUGCCAUUUCACUCCAG